AUGGGUAGAGCAUAUGCCGAAUUUGAUGGAACGAACCCGCUAGAAAGACCACCAUUACCAAAGUUGAAGUCAUCUAGAAAGCUUGCUGUGGUAUUGUGUCAGUUAAAUAAACAGAUCCUGCCAGAGUAUCUAGCACACUCCAACUGUAUAGAACAACUUCACACACUGAUAUACUGUGCAGCUGUUGCAACAGUAAGAACACUUGGUGUCAAAAUGCCAACUCAAAAGAUUACUGAAAAUUCAGUAAAACCAAUAACACCAAAAUGGGAAAAACGUCUGGAAAGAAGAACGGCAGAAAUUCGCAGAGAUAUCGGACGUCUUACCCAAUUCACACGAGGAAUAACAACUCGAAAAGUCCGAAAGCAAGCUAUGGAAAUAAUGCAACGACUCCACCAUCAUUCUCACCAAGACGCAACUAACAUCAACGAGUGGCAAUGCCUUGAUACCUUGAAGCAAAAACUGUCCGUAUAUACUCAGCGAUUGAAAAGGUAUAAAGCGUCCAGUCACAGAAAGCACGACAAUGCGCUCUUUCAACGAUCCGAAAAGGCAUUCUACAGGAAACUGUCAUCCGAACCCCAGGAAAAGAGCAAAACGGUGCCCACAAAGGACCAAGUAGAGGAAUUUUGGGGCAAGCAGUUUGGCUCGACAGCUUAUUACAACAAGUGUGCAGGAUGGAUUACAGAUGAAGAAGCGAAGAGCCAUUAUUGCAAUCCCAUGCAGUAUAGGGCAUAUACCAAACAAGAAAUCGUGGAUAUCGACCAGGUCAUUCCUACCAACAAUUACAAGAGGUUCAUACUUAAGAACUUGCAACAGUCUGAUAAAUGCAGGUACGGCUGUCAGGACUCCGAAACAAUACAGCACGUAACUGGUGGAUGCCAAGCAUUCGCUCCAACGGACUAUAAGGAGCGCCACGACAUAGCUGCCAAAAUCAUUCACCAGGAGUUGGCAUACAAAUUCAAACUGAUCGAAUGCAAGCUACAGUACUACAAAUAUACACCGCAAUGUGUCCUCGAGAACGACAAGUAUAAACUAUACUGGGAUCGCACUGUGCUUACGGACCAAUACGUAAAACAAAACAGACCUGACAUAAUCAUUGUCGACAAGGACGCCCAGAAAGUAACACUGAUUGAUGUGGCCAUACCUAAUAGUAACAAUUUAACAUACAAACAUAAUGAGAAAGUUGCAAAAUACAGGGAGCUAGAAUUUCAAAUUAAACGCCAGUGGAAAAUGAAGUACGUGGAAACAAUACCAAUAAUAAUGUCAUCUACAGGGGUGAUACCAAGAAGGCUGCUAGAAAACAUCAAAGCGCUGGAACUGAGUGAAAACAUUUACAAAAUCAUACAGAAAGGAGUUUUGCUGGCAACUGCCCGCAUAGUAAGAAAAUUUAUGGGAAAUGCAAGUACCUAG